AUGUUCAGAAGUCUAGCAAUCAUCUCUUCUCUUAUUGUUCUUUCUGAAUCUUGUAGUGAUGCAUCUUCCAAGUAAGUUCCUCUAACUAAUUAGAAUAAUAAAUACAAAUAAAUGUUCAGUUGUGCAAAUUGGGUAGCAAAUGGUUUUUGUAAAUCUCCAAACUAUUCAUAUUCUCAAAAAAAGGCAAAUUGUGCGCAAAGUUGUGGUUAUUGUGGUACAACAUCAACAGCAUCUGGUUCAGCAACAACAGAUUGUCAAGAUAAUCAAGCAACAUGUGGAUAUUGGGCAUCAAAUGGUUUUUGUACAAAUCCAUUUUAUUCGAAAGCAUUGAAAACUCAAUAUUGUGCAAAUACUUGUAAUUUAUGUCCAACAACAGAUUCAACAACUGAUUCAACUACAACAACAGCAUGUGUUGAUAAUAUUAAAUAUUGUUCAUCUUGGGCAGCAAGAGGUUAUUGUACUAAUUCAUUUUAUACUGAUACUCAACGAAAACAAUUUUGCGCUAAAACUUGCAGCUUGUGCACAUAAUUAUUGAUUAUUUUGGGAUUAAUAAACAAUUUUCACGAAUUAAAAUCCCCACUAUUCGUCACGUCAUAGUAAUCAGCUAGCGCCGCCGCUCUAGGAACUCACCAAAAUCUUCAUUUUCAGCCAAGAAAAAAUAAAAAAGGAAAAUCACACACGUUUGAAAAAAAAGAAAGUUGUGCAAUUUUCAUAACGCAGCCGACAAAAACGGUGCAACGUCUAGCAGUUUAAUUACACCCAAUUCAUCAAAAACAAAAAACAUAGCGAAAAUUAGCGUAUCGAGAUCUGUGCGAAUGACUUUAUUUGGAAUUUUUAGGGGUCCUGGGAAGAAAGUUAGCCUCCGCUGCGAGACCAAUUCAAAUUAAAAACACACGCGCCUUUGAAACCGUACCUCUUUUUUUCACAAGAAAAAAAUAAAGAGUGUGGCAAACGAAGAGAGUGCGAGAGAUGUGUGAGAACAAAAUGUGUGCAAACACCUGUCCGCAAACACCGUUGUCGCCGCUUAUCAUGACUUCAUUGCAUGGGAAAAACGUGUGUGAAAACACAGUGAAAAAUAUUUAAAAUCUGUCGGUGGUCGAAAAUGAGAGGGGGACUAAGUUUACAAUCCAGUCCCCGUAUUUUCGCAUCCUAGUCCUUCGUAGAUCUGCUUCUGAAACUCGCGCGAGCGAUCGCUGAGCAUUUUCGUGACUGUUGAAGGUCAAAACUAAAAACCUCUAUGUUUCCGAAAAUCCAUUUUUCUCCCAUGUCUUUUGAACUUAUAUGACCUAUUGAGAUUUGUUUGAAUUAAUUAUUUUAUAAAUCGAAUAAAUUCAUAGAAAACGUGACCCUUCUCAGAAAAAUGCAUCCGGAUUAUUUAAAAUUUUCGAAAAUAGAUGCAUUAUUAUUCAAAAUUCAUGAUGAAAUAUGUCAUCCUUAUCACAUUAUUUUUACCAACGUGUUUUUCAUAUGUUAAAACUUGUGUAAGAUGCGUAAACAAUGAAGUCGCAAGAGGUUUUCCACCAUGUCAGGCUGAUACGUAUUUGUCUGAAUGUAGAACAACCGAAAUUUGUUGUAGUAAGUUAUUGUAAAUAGGAUGAGAUAGGAAUUUAAAUUUGUAAAAAGUAUGACUGAAUAGUUUUUUUUUAUUUGAAAUUUUUUUCGGCUUUUAAUUUUUGUUAAUUACUAUUUAUUCUUAUUCAAACUUAAUUAUUUUUCAGACGUUGAUGAAGUAGAAUGUUUCGAGGGACACAAAGCUGUUCCCAAAUAUGGUAAAUGUAGAAGUGAUCGAAUUGCAACUAAAAUGUUAUUCCAUAAUCAAGAAGUUUGUUGUUGUGAGUUAUUUAAUUAGGAAAACGUUGUUACCUUCUUUUUUUAAAUAAAACUUCAGCUCCAUCUGGUGCAAAAUGUUUUGGAGGAUCAAUAGAUGCGACUAUACCACCAUGCAAGUCUGAUCAGUAUUUACGUCGAAUUGAAAUAAAAAACAUAUUUUUAUCGGACAAAUUGUCACUUUGUUGUCGUAAGUAGAUAUUUGGGGGUUUAAAAGCAAGGAAUACUUUGAAUUGCAGCGGUUCCUAAACCGAAUUGUCCUGGAAAUGUUCGUCCGACUAAACAACCAUGUAAAGCAAAUCAAUAUUUGAAACAAUUUGGAGAUCAAGAUGAUGAUAUAUUUUGCUGUUGUAAGUUUUUUGAAUUUCAGCGAUUUUUAAUGAUCUUAAAAUAUUUCAGCGCUUGAUGCUGUUCAAAAAUGCCCGGAUGGAAGUAUUCCGCAUUCACCGUGUAGAGGAAACGAUUACGAACAUAUUGUAGAUGGUCACAAAUUUUGUUGUGGUCAGUUUUAUUUUUCAAACUAAAAUUCAAUCUCAAAUUUCUACUUACAGAGCUUUCUGGUUUCAAAUGUCCGCUCAACGAUAUUCCAACAAAUGCACCGUGUUCAACUGAACAAUUUCUUUUCAAAUUUGAACAGGGACCAGAAUUUUGUUGUGGUAAGUAUUAUUAAAAAAUUGGCGAAUUUGAAUCAGACCAGGAACAUGUCCGAAUCAAAAACUGCCUGAAUACCUAUACACUUUGUUUCAUUUCAGAUGAUGCAAAAUGUUUGAAUGAAAAACAUCCAACAGAUCUUCCAUGUGAUGCGAAUCAAUAUGAAAAAGAGUUUAGUGCUUCCCGAAAAGUUUGUUGUGAACUUGAAGAAUUGAAAUGUGUAGAUGGAGAAAAACCAGAAAAGCAGCCAUGUGCACCGGAAAGAUAUUUGACUAAUUUAGGAGUUGCGGAAAAUGAACAAGUUUGUUGCAGUAAGUCCAUCUAUUUUUGCCUCAAAAUAUUGAUUUUCAUAAUUUCAUUAUGGCCUAGCAAACCAACAAAUUUCUCUUGGUUUUCUCUUCCAUCUGCAUAAAAUAUUUCCUUACAGAACUUGAUGGACUGAAAUGUGUUGCUGGAGAAUCGCCAACAAAUGAGCCGUGUAAUACUGAUCAAUAUAGAACUCUUUUGGGACAUGAACAUCUUUGUUGUCGUAAGUUAAGAUCAACCAAUUAGCUGUCUAGAACUCGUUUAUUUUCAGCUAUGAAUGAUUUGAAAUGUUUGGAUGGAGAGAUACCACAAAAACAACCAUGCACUUCUGAAACAUAUUUGACUAAUUUAGGAGCAACUGAUAAUGAAGAUAUUUGUUGUAGUAAGUUCUUUUCCAAUUCCUUUUUGAAAAUCUUGAUAAUAUUUAGAACUUGAUGGAUUAAAAUGUGUUGCUGAAGAUGUUCCAACAAAUGAGCCAUGCAAAGAUGAACAAUAUAAAGAUCAUUUGGGAUUUGCUGAUGUUUGUUGUGAUUUUAAUCAACUCAAAUGUGUUAAUGAUAAAGUACCAACAAGAAAACCAUGUGAAGAUAAUCAAUAUGUUAGAAAAUUCGGGGAAAAUAAUGAAUUCUGUUGUGGUGAGUCUAGAAGUUAGGGGUUUUUGAAAAAAAAAAACAAUAAUUACAGGCACGGAAAACAUGAAAUGCCCAGAUGGAAAAGAACUUCGAACAAAACCCAAGAAUAAUGAAGAAAUCGGAAUGGAAUUGAUCAAUGGACAAAUGGUUUAUUGUGGUUGGUUUGAGAUGGUCGAGAAAAUGUCGGGAACUCGGCCAAACGCGCUCUAAUGUUUUGAAAAUUGACCGAAUUCUCGACAUUUCUCGGCCAUAUAUGUUUUGUCUAGUUUUUCAAUUGUAAAUAUAAUUUCAGAUGCAUAUUUCGAAUGUCCAAAUGGAAUUCAAUCAUUUCCCGAUCCUCAAACUUUCUCAAAUUGUGGACAAAAUGAUAGUAAUAUCAAACUUCGUCUAAAUUUUGAUGAAUUAUUCAAAAGUGCCUAUUUGUGUUGUGGUAAGAGAUUGAAAAUGAAUUCAAAUUUUAAAAAAAAUAUUCAUUUUGCAGAGGACGUGAAAAGUUGUCAAAUCACACAAUCUUCUUAUAAAUUUGUGACAAAUGAAGCAAAUGAAUAUGGAUUGACAAAAUCGCUUUUGGCAAAUCAGGAACUUUCUGGAUAUAUUCAUCAAUUUAUCAAAAAUGAUGGAAAACAGCAAUUUCUUUGUCGUAAGCUCUCUUCUCUUCUUGAAAAAUCUCCCGAAACCCGUUAUUUUCAGCAAUUCCAAUCGGAAAUAUUUGGCUGGAAAUCUUCAAACCUGCUGAAAAUCAACAAAUCCCCAAAGAAUAUUUGCCAGUCGAUUUUAUUGAUAUGAAUCAGGAGAAAAGUUUGAGACCGUGUCAGAAAAAUGUUGAUUGUAAAGGUCCGAAUCAAUUUUGUGGGGAUUAUACGAGUUUUGCGGAAGAAGAUGGGGCAAUUUUGAAAUUUUGCUAUCAAAGUGAGUUAGGUUUUGAAUUUCAAGGGGAAAAUUUAUUGUGGAGUAGUUUUUGAGCCACUUUUUGUUAAAAAACUGCUAGAAAAAUUCAUUUCUCAUGAAAAAAUCUAAUUUUUUCCAGAUCCACAAAUGCCUGACACAAAUACCUUGAAAUCAUUCCAAAUAGCUGUUGAUUCACAAGAUUCUGGUCUAAAAUUAUGUGAUUCAAAUUCGGAUUGUUUAAAAAAUGAUAGAAUUUGUUGGAAAACUGAUGAAAAAUGGAAUGGAAAAAGUGGAAUUUGUAUUGAAAGAAAACCAAUCGCAUUUAUUUAUUCAAGAAUUUUUGAAGAAAAUUCAAAUUUUCAAAAUCAUUUUUAUUUUGCGGUUGAAUUGGAAAAUGGGUGGAAAAAUCGAGAUUUAUUGAAGAAAUGUGUGAAAAAUGAGGAAUGUGAUAUUGAAAAUGGACAAUUUUGUGAUAAUAUUAUUGGAGUAAAUGGAGAAAAAGAUUUGGAGAAUAAAUAUUGUUUUAAAGGUGAGAUCUCAUCCCUUUUUAAAUAAAAAAUCUAGAAUUUUUUAGCUCUCAAAUCACCUUCACCUCUUAUAAAACCAACAAUAAUUCCCACAAUUUCUGGACUUGUUUUAUGUCAAAAUUGUCAAUUACCAUCAUUUUGUCAUCAACAAAAAGACAUGAAAUAUCUCGAUGAAAAAUCAAUUGAAAUAUCGGGAAUUUGUUGGAAUAGUCAAAAUUGUGCUGAUCAACAAACUGCAUUAUUUUUGGAACCAAAAUGUCAAAAUAAUGAAGAUUGUCGGAAACAACAAACUGAUUCGAAUUGUCAAAAUGGACAUUGUUGUCCAGAAGGUAUGAGGAUUUUUUUGGGAGAUUUGGGGAUAAAUUUGGGGCUGGACAAGCUUGGAACGCUUAAAAUUCUGAAAUUUAGAUCCCUGACAAGGGAACCUUUUUUACUCAACACUUCAAAUCAUGAUGAAAUUUUGUCCAUGGACAGCUUUUGGGGUCAUAAGAACACCUUAAAAAUUUUAGUCUCCCAAUGGACCUCUGAACCAAGUUCUGGGCUCUCAAAAGUUCAAAAAAGGCCUAAAAAUGAUCAUUAAAGUCAUCAUAGCUCCAUUUCAAAUUUUUUUUUUGGGAGAAAUGAAGUUUCAGAUAUUGAUCAGCAUAGUCGAUUACCUAAAAGUACAUCAAUAAAAAACUUUAUUUCGAAAAAUUUUGAAGUUUUUUAUUUUUGGGCUGAAAAUUCAUGAAAAUUCAUAUGUGCCCCUGCUCAUUCUUUUUUUCAAAAUCAGAAAUUUUUCUGAAAAUUCGAUUUUAUUAUGCUUUUUGGGUAAAUCGACCACGCUGAUCAUCAUCUGCUACUCAGUUUUUUAUAAAAUUGAUCGAGAAUUGAGUUAUGACGUGUUUUAUGAGCCAAUUUUGGCAAUUUUCGAACUUUUGAGAGCCCAGAACUUGGUUCAUAGGUCCAUUGGGAGACUAAAAUUUUUAGGGUGUUCUUAUGACCCCAAAAGCUGUCUAUGGACAAAAUUUCAUCAAGGUUUGAAGUGUUGAGUAAAAAAGGUUUCCUUGUGAGGGACCUAAAAUUCAAUUUCAGCCCCUAUCAUCCUGAAUUUCCCUAAUUUUCAGCCAAAAUCUCAUCAGAUGGAACAUUUUCCCAACCCAAACAUCAUUAUAUCACUCAAAGAUCGUGCAAUUCAACAUACAAUUUCCAAAUCAAUUUUCCGAAUAGUUUUUGCGACCCAAAAUCUCAAAAAUUAGUUGUAAUUGGAAAAUUCUCAAAACAUGGCGAAAAAUUGAAAUUGUCAUCGAAUUCCAAAAAAUGCGAAAGAAAUAUUGAUUGUGGAAAUGGAGAAAAUGAAGAAGUUUGUAUUUUUGAUGGAAAAAUUGAAGAAGGAAAGUGUUAUUUGAAUCCAAUGACUUAUAAAAGUCCACCUGAUGGUUUUCCAAUUAUGGUUGUCAUUAUUCCAAUUAUCAUAAUUAUAAUUAUUUUGUCCUUAAUUGGUGGUGGAUAUUUGUAUUAUAAGAAGAGAAUCAACAAAGAUGAGAAGAAUACUGGGAAAUCGAAGAAAAAUGAGAAAAAAUCAAUCUCGACUCCAAGUUCUGCCAAUACUCCUGUUUGA